AUGUUACCAGUCGUCCAGCAAAGUAUCCCAUUCUUUGACAACAUCUCCAAUCUCACAGAUCCUCUCCUUGUCCUUCUCACAGUUACUGUCAGUCUCUACAGCCUGUACCGAUGGCUCCUCCCCAAACCCAUCCCCGGCAUCCCUUACAACCCCCAGGCUGCCAAGUCUCUCCUCGGAGAUGCGCCGGCCAUGAUCAAAGAAGUUAGCGCAACGGGCGAGUUCCGUGUCUGGUGCGCUAAGCAGAUGAAGCAGAUGAAUUCACCACUCUGCCAAAUCUUCAUCCGGCCCUUCUCCAAGCCCUGGGUGCUUCUCGCCGAUUUCCGCGAGGCCAAGGACAUCCUGAUGCGGCGGAAGGAAUUCGACAAGUCGUCCUUUUUGUCUGAUGGGAUGGCUUGCAUGGGCUCCUUCCACGGCAUUUACAUGACAGGGGAAAAGUUCAAGGCCAAUCGCCAGUUGAUUCAGGAUCUCAUGACCACGAGCUUCCUCAACAACCACGUGGGCCCGGCAAUCUAUGGCAAGGGGCUGGAGCUGAUGAAGUUGUUCGAGACGAAAAUGCUUCUUGCUCGCGGACGGCCUUUUAGCGUCAAAAAGGAUUUCGAGUACACAUCUCUGGAUGUGAUGCUCGAGUUUGCGUUUGGCAAGAACUGGGUGCACACUUCGCUUGGGCCACAGAUGGAACGUGUGGAUAAAAUGCAGGCCGAAGAUGUCGAUGCGAUGAUGGAGGGUAAGGACUCCGACGAGCCGGUCGUGUUCCCGCUGGUGCCGCUCGUUGACUUCCUCAAUUCCGUUUACGAGGCUCCGGAAAUCGUGGAAAGAACCAUCAAUGCUCUAAUGCCCAAGUUGCAAACCUGGUGGUGGUCAAAACAGUCUUGGUACAAACACAUUUUCGAUGCGAAGGAGCGUGCCAUGAGGGAGCAAGUGGAGAUUGCCAUUAGCAACUUCCAAUCUGGCUGUAUCCAGACGGGCAUUGAGCACAUGUUGAUGCGGGAAGCAUCCAGAGCUGAAAAGGAAGGUCGGGCUCCGGAUUUCAGGAGCAAGGUGUUGCGAGACGAGAUGUUCGGCAACAUAGUCGGUGGCCAUCACACCACCAGCGGCGCAAUGAUGUGGUUGACCAAGUAUCUCACCGACCAUCCCGUAGUCCAAAGCAACUUACGUUCAGUUUUAUACACGACCCUCAGUGCUGCUAAAAACGAGAACCGCCUCUUCACCUUCGAGGAGAUCCGGCAUGCAAAGCUGCCGUACUUGGACGCCAUCAUGGAAGAGAUGCUCCGCAUCAACGCCGUUCCAGUCACUCGCGAGGCCUUGACUGAUACCACUAUCCUGGGGUAUCCCAUCAAGAAGGGAACGCAAGUCUUUUUCAUGUCCAACGGCCCCGGCUUCCUGUCGCCGUCGUUUCCCAUCGACGAAUCGAGAAGGAGCGAAACUUCGCGCGCUUCCAAGAUAAAUGCCACAUGGGAUGAGACUCAGGACUUGGCAGCUUUUGUUCCGGAGCGGUGGUUGGUACGCAAAAGGGAAGGAAACGGUCUGCUAACUGAUGAUGUAGACUUUGACGGAGCUGCUGGCCCGCAGCUCGUCUUUGGCUUGGGGCCGCGUACGUGCUGGGGGAGGAGGUUGGCGUACAUGGAGAUGCGGAUCGUGAUUGCCAUGCUUGUUUGGAACUUCGAGCUGUUGAAGACCCCACCGGCGCUGUCAUCUUAUGCUGGACUGGAGGGCAUUGCUCGUGUGCCGCAGCAAUGUUAUGUGCGGCUUCGCAAGCUAUGA